UUUGUUUUUGUUUUUUUUUUCCUAUUUGCAUGAGCUUAAACACUCUCAAAAAGCCCCUUAAUCCAGAUACAUCUAUCUCUUUCUCUGUCUCUCCAGUCUUUCAUUUUGUUUUCUCGGGAAAAAUUUUCAGCUUUCUGGGAUUUUCUCACCCGAAACCCCGGAAAAAUGAGGUGGGAAAGAUUGCAGCUUCUGCGAGAAGAAGCUCCGGGAAUGGGUGCUGUUGAGAUUUCUGGGCCAGGGAAGAGGUGGGGACACACCUGCAACGCCAUUAAAGGAGGAAAACUCCUCUAUAUUUUUGGGGGUUAUGGCAAAGAUAACUGUCAGACGAACCAAGUACAUGUCUUUGACACUGUUAAAAAAACAUGGAAUGAGCCCAUGAUAAAAGGCAGCCCGCCUACUCCAAGGGACAGUCACAGCUGUACAACUGUUGGAGACAAUCUGUUUGUGUUUGGGGGUACAGAUGGAAUGAAUCCUCUCAAGGAUUUGCAUAUUCUAGACACGUCUACACAUACAUGGAUAUCUCCAAGUGUAAGAGGCGAAGGACCAGAGGCACGGGAAGGUCAUACUGCAGCCCUUAUUGGGAAGCGACUUUUCAUAUUUGGUGGCUGUGGCAAAUCUUCAAACGAUUCGGAUGAAGUUUACUAUAAUGAUCUAUACAUAUUGAACACUGAGACCUUCGUAUGGAAACGCGCCCAGACAUCGGGUACCCCACCAACUGCACGUGAUAGCCACACUUGCUCAUCUUGGAAGAACAAAAUCAUUGUGAUUGGUGGUGAAGAUGCAUAUGACUAUUAUUUAUCUGAUGUCCACAUCCUUGAUGCAGAUACUCUUGUUUGGAGGGAGCUGAACGCUUCGGGACAGAUGCUGCCACCUCGAGCUGGUCAUACAACAGUUGCUUUUGGCAAGAACUUGUUUGUUUUUGGGGGAUUUACUGAUGCCCAAAAUCUUUAUGAUGACCUUCAUAUGCUUGAUGCUGAUACUGGUUUAUGGACCAAGGUAUUGGCUACAGGAGAUGGACCUUCUGCUAGAUUUUCUGUGGCUGGGGACAUUUUGGAUCCACAGAAGGGGGGUGUUCUCGUUUUUGUUGGUGGCUGCAACAAGACUCUUGAGGCACUCGAUGAUAUGUACUAUUUGCACACAGAACUUGUGAGAGAAAAUGGGCGAGAUGAGCGAAAGCUAGAGAGGCUAUCUAUGAGGAAGCAGUUGAAGCUAAAGUGCCAAGAACAAUACCUUCCUGCGCCAGGACAUGAUAAAGCUCUGCUGACAAUUGGGGCGAAUGCUGUUCUUUGCCAAUCCAGGCCUUCGGCAAGUUAUGGGCAAACAAGCCAACAAAAUUUUCCAAUUAAUAGCUCCCAGCUUCUUCAGGGAAAGAAGAUAUUUCAAGCGAACAUUACCGAAAGCUUCCCUGAUGGAUUUACUAUUGAAACUAUUAUAGAUGGAAAGCCUUUGCGUGGAAUAUUAUUUUCCAACAAGCCAAGCAAUUCAAACAUGGCUAAGUAUAAUUCCAGUAGGAAGAGAGCAGCUGGAGAAGUUGGUGGUAUUAAGUUGAAUGACAGUCAGAAGAGAAAACCAAAAAAUGCUAGACCCUUCAAGCAGGAUGAAAUUGAGCACAGACAGGCUGAUGUUGCCAUAGGAAAGGAGUCCAUAUCAUGUGAACGCCAAACAGAAGCCGCAGCUGCUGGUUUGAAUAAUUUAGCAACCCCUAAUGAUUCUCAGGCCCAGACAGAAGCUGCUGCUGCUGCUGUUUCAGAGAAUCCAGAACCUACUGGUGAUUCUCACCCUCAAAAGGUUACUGGAAACUCAUCGGUGUUGAUGCAGUCAAUCCUGAAAUUGGAAUAUGGAAGGACAAAUGAUGCACUGAACCAAAGCACUGAGUCUCCAGCAGAGAAUACAUCCACUGCCGCAAAGGAAUGCAUUUCUUUGCCUCCAAAAGAAGGAGACCAUGGGGCACCAACCACUGAAGAGAAGGCAAAAUCAUUUUGAAUCAUGGCGAUGAACAAAUCCUUUUUGGUUAACUUAACAUAACUCGAAGAUACCAGCCGUCGGCCAUUUGUACAUUCAUCAUUUCAAGAUGGUCAUAGAUGGUCAUAGAUGCAUUGACAGGUGAUAUACAGAAAUCUGCCCCCGGAACUGACACAAUCUGCCACUGACUCGAUACUUUUUAAAUUUAUUAUUGAUAGACCGCAGUUGUAUGUAGUAGUUUUUGUCUUAAAAAGGUAUCGCAAAGUUUAUUCUAUUUACUGCUUCAGACUCGGCCUCUUCAAGUCUAUAUGUUCUGAAUUCUCGCACCCACCUGCUCCUCCAAUUGUCUGGUUUAUGCUGCCAAGGAAUCAUCUGUUUAGACAGUGAUAGACCCUUGGGCUGUGGCAGCAUUCUGGUAGGCUAAAGAAUGGAUUCAAAAAGGGCAACAGGGAAAAGAAAAAUGGUGAACAGCCGUAUAUUUUUUAUGUAUUUUUCAAUCAUCAUCCUUAGUGAAGUUUGUUGUGUUCAUGUAAA